GUUUUAUAGAUUAUCUUUAAAUAUAUUGCGAAUAUCCUUCAAAUAAAAAAGCGUGUCCGGGGGAGAACCUGAUUUUUUUUUUUUUCAUUUUUCUUUCCACACUACAAACAUGUCAGUCAUUACUCAAGGUAUUCGUGAUUUGGUCAAGAAGGCCAUUUCUGACAACACCGUCAUGAUCUUUAGCAAGUCUUACUGUCCUUAUUGUAUUGGCGCCAAAGACUUAUUCGAUGAUAUCCACGUGGAUUACAAGGCUUUAGAACUAAACGAUCAUGUGGAUGGCGAUGCCAUUCAAAAGGCAUUGGCUGAAAUGACAAAACAAAACACUGUACCCAAUAUCUUUGUGAACCAACAACAUAUUGGAGGUUCCGAUGCAUUAAAGUCAGCUUUAGCUUCAGGCAAGCUUGAAAAGAUUUUAAAGGAAGCAGGCAUCAAAGCUAAACUUUAAAGAUUGUACACACAAAAAUUUAUUAUUAUUAAAGGGGGCGUAAAAAAUAUAAUAAAUCUCU